AAACAAAGUAAGGCCACCACGCAAUAUCUUUGUGUUGUUACUUUAAACGAUGUAGCGGUAGGAGAUUGAGUGGGGAAGUGAUCUCAGGAGUUUAUUUCCUUUUUGUUGGAAGUGAACGGUCUUCUGCCACGUUUGGAAGUGUGACUCUAAAUACAGAACUUACGUCGCACCUUCGUAAUUGUGUCAUUAGUUUAACUGAUCUCAUCUGUUUUUACUUAGUUUGAAAACUUGUAGACGAACAUUACGGGUAUAUGUCAAUGUUUACGAAGAAAGUGUAAAGUGAUAGAGACCUUGUAGGGCGAUUUUGUGUUUUUGUUUUGUGAUAUAAUCUUUUUUUCAUUGUCCGUUUUAUCUCGUUUCUCUGUUGUGAAAUCCUUUCACGAUGUCAAUACACAAGUGGCUUUCUACUGGAUCAAUUUACCUAAAUGUGGAAGAUAUAGAUGAAAAACAUAAUGGUGAUAUUACGAGGAAUGUCAAAAAGCAGAAAAACCGUUAUGCUCCAGCUCUCAAACAUUUUCUGCCAUACCGCCCUGCUCCUGCUGAUAGUCGUGCAAUGCCAAGUAAUUCAGCUGGAAUGUUCUCCUUUGUUGCUAUUACGUGGAUGUCGCGACUUAUGUGGAAAGCUUACAGGAAGGGUCUGACUGAAGAUGAUUUGUUUGAUUUACAGAUGGUUGAUCGUGCAGAACCAAAUGCUCAACGUCUUGAGAAGUUGUGGCAUGCACAUGUUGUGAAACGUGGGGAGAUGUCCUCCUUGUCCUCUGUAAUGUGGAGGUUUUGUCGAACAAGAUGCAUUGUUGCUAUGACAUUUAUGGUUUUGGCAGUGAUAUUCCAGUUCCUAGGACCGGCUGUAGUUCAGCAGUUCAUAUUAGCAUAUGUGGAGGAUAAAAAGCAGCCCCUUUGGUGGGGCAUAUCCUUAGUUGCAAUGUUGUUUGCAUGCCAAUUACUUCGUAAUUAUUGCUUUGGAGCUGGAUAUGUAAUGGGCCUCCAUACAGCAACAAGAGUGCAAGGCGCUAUGCAACACCUUAUAUACAAGAAAAUGUUGUUACUACGGACUGGAGGAGACAGAGUGCUGGGUCAAAUACUAACCUUUGUAACAAAUGAGCAGGAACGAAUCUUUGAAGCUUGCCAUAUGGGUGUCCUUUUACUAGGUACCCCAGUGAUGUUUGUGAUGUGUGUUGCAUAUUCUCUUCUUGUUCUUGGACCAUGGGCAUUGGUUGGAAAUGUUGUUAUCCUUCUUUUCUAUCCAGUUAUGGCAGGGAUUGCUAGCUUAACAAGUAUGGUCCGUAUUAGUACAGUAAAGGUUACAGAUCAGAGAGUUGGACUGAUGAGUGAAAUAUUAAACAGUAUACGUCUUAUCAAGAUGUACGCUUGGGAAGACAGUUUUGCCAACAAAAUUGCAACUGUUAGGAAUUUUGAAAGAAAGCAGCUACAGAAGGCAGCAUUUUUGCAGUCUUUUAGCAAUACAAUAACACCAGCUAUCACACUUCUAGCAUCUAUAUCUACCUUUUUGGGAUACAGCAUUACUGGAAACAACCUGAUUGCAGCUGAAGUAUUUACAAUAUUUGCAGUGUUUACUGCUAUGCAAUUUACUGUGGGAACACUUCCUUACGGCAUUAAAUGUUUAGCAGAAGCAAAUGUCAGCUGUAAAAAACUGCAGAAAUUUCUCCAUCGACCAAACUAUGAGUCUCCAUUCAUACGAUCAGUGGGAGAGAAACUGGUUGAAUUCAGAAAUGGAACGUUUGCAUGGGAAGUUGCAGUUGGCGACACUAAAUCCAAGAAGAAAGGCAAUAGAAAGAAAGUGAGUGUUGUGAAACGUGAACCAGUAGAAAAUGAUGAUUCUAUGGAGGAAGAAGGAAAAUUUAUCAGUGUAGAUGAGAACCAACCUGUGGAAACACUGCAUGAUAUUACUUUAGAUGUACACCGUGGAAAGUUAAUUGGUAUAUGUGGUAGUGUCGGAUCUGGCAAAAGCUCUCUUCUUUCUGCCAUUACAGGAGAUAUGAGGCCAGUGAAUGGUCACAUAAAAGUGAUGGGCAGUGUGGCCCUUGUGUCUCAGCAGGCAUGGAUCUUCAAUGAUACUGUGAGAGAAAAUAUCCUUUUUGGAUUGCCGUAUCACGAAGAGAGAUACAGAGAUGUCAUUACAUGCUGUAGUCUGCAACGUGACUUGGAGCUCCUUGCUAAUGGAGACAAAACAGAAAUUGGAGAAAGAGGAUCUAACUUAAGUGGAGGACAAAAACAGAGAAUAAACUUGGCACGAGCAGUGUACGCUAAUAAAGAUAUCUAUUUGCUAGAUGAUCCAUUGAGUGCUGUUGAUGCAAAGGUGGCAAGAAAUAUUUUUAAUCAUUGUAUUAAAUCAAAGCUUUCUGGGAAAACUGUUCUCUUGGUUACACAUGGAAUGCAGUUCCUGGAACAGUGUGAUGAAGUGUUAUACAUGAAGGAUGGUUAUAUAUUGGAAAGAGGGACACAUAAGGAGCUGUUAAAUUUAAAGGGAGACUAUUAUCAAAUGUUGCAGUUUGAUCAUGUGAGAGACAACAAAGAAACAAAAGAAGGUGAUUCCGUGAAUGAAGAGGGACUCUAUUCUGAAGAAGAGUAUGAUGAUCUGGCUGGCAAACUCAUAAGUGAUGAAGAACAUACUACUACACAAGCAGGAUACAAGGCAUAUCUCAAGUAUGCCAAGUACUGUGGGGGAUACUGUAUCAUGCUUGUAUUACUUCUGCUUGUGCUUCUGUUCACUUUGUCGAGACUGGGUGCAGGUGUAUGGUUACAAAUAUGGCUGGAUGAAGGUGAUGGCAAAGAGGGUGAACGAAUAUAUAAUGUGACACAUUACAAUCAAACAUUUGAUAAUAUGAAAGGGUUUGUGAAUGACAAUCCUUUUCUAUGGUUUUACCAGUUGAUUUAUGGCAUGACAUUUGUUGUAAUGAUGGUUUUUGGGAUGAUAAAAGGAAUAGGUAUAGCAAGACAACUACUGUAUGGUUCUUCUAGAUUACACGAUACAAUGUUCAGAAAAGUGAUGAGAUGCCCAGUGUCUUUCUUUGAUGUAACACCUGCAGGAAGAAUAUUGCAAAGAUUUUCAAAAGAUAUGGACGAACUUGAUGUUCGAGUACCCUUCUUCUUCGAGUUUGUAUGGCAAGGAUUGAUGUUUGUGAUCACCCAGAUGUUCCUUGUUUGUUUCAUCUUUCCUAUUUUCUCCAUUGCAAUGGCUGUGGCAACAGGCCUCUUCAUUUUUCUGGAUAUGUGGCUUAAUGUUGGUUUGAGAGAGACUAAGAGACUCGACAAUUUGUUGAAAUCACCAGUUCUGAACCAUAUAUCUUCAUCAAUGGCAGGGCUGUCAAUUAUUCGCACUUAUGGCAGACAGAAGAUAUUUUUGGAAAGAUUCUGCCUGAAGUUAAAUCGUACAUUAGCUUCUGAUCUUAUAUUUCGGUCCUCUGUACGCUGGUUCACAUUUCGUAUGGACAUGAUAGCUGUGGUUAUAGUCACACUUACGGGAUUGUCUGUUAUUCUUCUGCGUGACACUGUGACUUCAGCUCAGAGUGGAUUAGCAUUGUCAUGUGUGUUUGCAGUAAGCACAUUUGUGCCAUAUGUGAUGCAGUUGAAAUCUGAAAUGCAAGCACGAUUUACAUCUGUUGAAAGAGUUCUAGAGUAUACUGAGGACCUGCCAGAAGAAGCAGCAGUGAAAAUUCCAGAUAACUCUCCACCCGAAAAUUGGCCAUGGGCAGGGGAAGUAAUAAUGAAGGAUGUUACACUUCGCUACAGACCUGAACUUCCGUUAGUGUUGCAGGGUGUAUCUGCCGAAAUCAAGGCUGGUGAAAAAGUGGGCAUUGUUGGCCGCACUGGAGCAGGCAAAUCAUCUCUUGUUACUACACUGUUACGACUCACAGAACUUUCUGGAGGGAGUAUUCUCAUUGAUGGUAUUGACAUAUCAAAAAUUGGGCUUCAUGAUUUACGAUCUGCCAUAGCCAUCAUUCCUCAGGACCCUGUACUCUUUCAGGGAACUGUGAGAUACAACUUAGAUCCAUUUAAUGAGCACACUGAUGAAAAAAUAUGGGAAGCACUGGAGAAGGCACAUCUCAAAGAAAAGGUAAGCCGUGAAGAGAAGCAACUCCUCACUGCUGUGGAAGCCGAUGGUGAAAAUUUGUCUGUGGGAGAAAAGCAAUUAGUGUGCUUGGCACGAGCUUUACUACGCAAAAAUCGUAUUCUUCUACUUGAUGAAGCUACUGCUUCAGUUGAUAUUGAGACAGACUUCUUGAUUCAACAAACUGUUCGUGAUGCAUUUGCUCAUUGCACUGUACUUACUAUUGCGCAUCGCCUUAACACAGUGGCUACCUACAACCGAGUAAUGGUCAUGGAUGCUGGAAAGGUUGUGGAGUUUGACACACCAGUCAGUUUAAUGAAUAGAGAAGACUCACUCUUCAGACAAAUGAUGCUUGCCAUGGGAAUCUCGACGUUACAGGAUCUCAGUAUAUGAUAUUUUUGUAAUUUAGGGAACAAAUGUAAAUUAAUGGUUCUGGAAAACGUUGCUAUUUAACAGCUGAAUUAUAUUUGUAGGAGGCUACAUUAUUGCAGCUGAAUUUAUGAGAACUCAUAAUUUUUGGAAGUAAAAUGGAUAAUGAGAAAUCAGUCAAGGUCAUUGCAGUCUUAUCAUUGUUCGAAAAGUACAAUAUUGUCUUGUAGUGAUACAGCAAAUUUUUGCAGACAGAGGAAGCUUGGAUAUUUUCGUAAUGGAAUUAUUUACACUAACACAUUAAAUCUGUUAUUUGGCAAUUUAAGAGCAUGGUGGCAGUGGCCUUACUUAAAUGUCGGUAUGUUUUUAUACGAUUUAUAUUUAAUUUUUGAAAAAUAUUUAUCAUGCUAUUUAGCAUCAACUUUAAUGUAAAAAACACAUCUUAUUUUUGAGACUUUUGUAAAUGUAUGUAUGUAUGUUAAUGCAGUUUUUGUCUUUGCAUACAGAGAUAAGUGUUUAUUCGGUGGAGCAUGUCUUGACAACUAUUUUUUGAUUCAAUAUGCUAUAAGUUGAUAAUGAUCCCAUAGUGAAAGAAACCUUUUGCUUUGACCUUACAAACUAUGUAGAGCACUCUGAAAAAUAUACAGCCCACCCAUUACAAUUACAUGUUUCACCUGUGAGUGACCACACACACAGUGAAACUACUGUUUAUAGUCAUAAAUGAGUGAGAAUCUGGUGCUGUUGAUAUGGAGGAAUUACUUUCUUUUUUCAGAAUUGAAAUUUCCUAGACUUAUUAAUGCUGUUUGUUAAGAAUCUUAUUUUGCAAAUAAUCUGCUCUUAUAAAGCAAUUUUUCUGGUUGUAAUUAACUACCUUGAAACUGUACUUAAAUCAUCAGUUUUGUAUUUGUGAAAUGAAAAACAUAGGUUUGUGUAGCAUUGGAUGGGCGAAUUCACGUAAAAUUGUUAUAAAUCCAUUUUGUUAUCAACAGUUUUUCUGUAAGUUAGAUCUGAACAGUAAGUUUGUAUGUAUAUGAUUUUGAUGAUCUAGUCUUCCACUUGCCCUGUUAUUUGUUGAAAUUGACUUGGUAGAGUUUUUUUCAUUUCAUUACUACUCAAUGCUGGCUUUUGUCACUGUUUGUACAGAAUGUAAAAGUGACACAUUUUAGAAAGCCCUGUUACUGUAUAGCUUAAGAAAUUAGUAUCCUUUAAAUAUACUCCAGGAAGCAGAAAAUGGAAAAUAACUUAACAGUAAAAGAAAUGUUGUUGUCAACUUGGGAAAAUUUGUCUUUUGGCUACCACAGUUCAUUAUUUCGCCCCUUUACAGAAAGGCCUUUAUUGCAUAUGCACAAAAAGGAAAAAUUCGUUACAAACUUCUUACAAAUGUGUCAGCAUGCAUAUUAUUGGAAAGUAAACACACUGUGAAGACACUAUAAGAUGACUAAUAAAAAGCAAAUGUUACCAGUCCAUAAUUAAAAUCCAGAUUUCUCUAUUUUAGAACAGUUUAGUUAUCUGUCCCCAUAACAGAAGUGAGGUUUCUUCAUAAGUGGAGUGCAAUGUUCCUCAUUGCUGCACACAUUAACGGGAAUUGAAAUUUGUGCAGCCAUUUGAGAUCUAAUAUUGUUUGUUUAAUUUACAUUUUAUAUGUAACAGCAGACUUUUCCUGGCAAAUAUCAACUCCAAAUAAUUUAAGUGGGCAAAAUAAUUGAGCUUGGCAUAUAUAAUUGAUUGUUUUAAUUGACUGUCAUAAUACUCACUUGUUAUAAUACUCAAAUGUAUAUUCUGUUUUACUGGAAUGUACUGAAAUUACUCGGCUUCUCUGUAAAAAAAAAAAAAAAAACUAUUUUGUUUUUGUUGUGCCAGUGGUCGUCAUUAUCUGUUUUAGUAGUCUUUGGAGAAGAUAGUAAAACUAUUCUUCAGAAAAUUCAGCUGUGAUUUAUUCCAAACUAUAGAAUUUAGUAAUAUUUAUUUAUUUGAAAGUUAAAUGUAUGUAGCCAUAUUGUUGCAAAAGAGUACAAAAGUAUUUCUCAGUAAAUUUUAAUGUUCUUUUACAUGUGAUAAAAUAUUCUUACUGUUAUUACAUGAUUAAAUGUUUUACAUGGUUACUUCAUUUGAAUUCUGAACUAUGUUUCAAGAUGAUGUACUUAAAAUUAUGAAAGCUAAGUGCCUAAAUAAAUGUAUACUCAGAGUUAUAAUAAAUAUGCAGUUGUGCUGCUAA